GCUGUACGUAGGUAGCUACCUUACCUUUAGCAUUUCAACACCAGGCUUCCAAUCGCUACAAUUUCAACAGAACUCAACACGACGUUGCUUGGAUCAUUGUGGUCUUCUCUUGAGCUUUCAGUGAGAAUCUACCGAGAUAAGAAUUCGUCGUGAACCCUUUGGCGACGACCUUUUGUCUUGUGCGUCAAGAUGGUAGGCGCCAGCUCAAGAGACAACUAUGCGAACCCUUCCCUAGAUGACGAUGGCCUGAUCGACCCAGAUGACGCCGACAUCAAUGAUUUCGACGACCCUCUCGGACACCAAACCUCCCGCCAACCCCUAACAGGCAACAUUGGCUCGGCACCCGGCGGCGGAUCGUCGUCCUCCUCCUCACGGCCACUCAACCAGAGCGCAUGGACGUCCCGUAUACCAGGAGAGGACAGGUCGGCGCCGCAGAACACCAUCGACGAAUCGGUCUGGGAGACGCUGCGCCGCGACCUGCUCGCCGUGUGGGCCAAGAUGCGCGAGGUGCUGUACCCCAAAUACCUGCUCGGGGGGACCAUGUUCGACGCCGACGGGCUGCGCGGCGCGUACGCCAAUAUCCGCGGUGCCGGGCUGGCGGGCGCUCGGGAAGAGAUUACCGGUCUCGCCAACCGGUUCAUGGACUCGGAGGCCCUGUUGUCGCAGAAUAACAUGACGUCCGGCCUGCGGGACUGGGAUCUCUGGGGCCCGCUCAUCUUCUGCCUUCUUCUGAGCUUGCUGCUCAGCUUCAACGCUCGCGCGGACCAGAAGGAUGUUGUCUUCAGUGGCGUUUUUGCCAUGGUUUGGAUCGGCGAGGCUGUUGUUACCCUGCAGAUCAAGCUUCUGGGCGGGAGCAUCUCCUUUGCUCAGAGUGUUUGUAUCAUCGGCUACACGCUCUUCCCUCUCGUUAUCGCGGCUCUACUUUCUGCGCUUGGCAUCCCCACCGUCGCCCGUAUCCCUGUUUACCUCUUCCUGGUUGCCUGGUCUCUGGCUGCUGGUGUUAGCAUUCUGGGCGGUAGCGGUGUGGUCAAGAACAGGGUGGCCAUCGCAGUCUACCCCCUUCUCGUGUUUUACCUUGGCCUGGGUUGUCUCUGCUUCAUCAGUUAAAGAACCUACAAAGACCCCGCGAUUUUACCGUUUAUGAACAAUGCCUCGGAGAAGGCAAAUUGGAAUAGCUGGGAAAUGGCCAGUAUGAUGGCAUGACCAUGACACGGCUACUGCUGCGAGGCAACAUCACUGCUGCUGCCCGGGGGGCGGGGGGCAACUUGUAUUCUUUUACAAUCCAAAAAGGGCUUCCAUUUCAAUCCACAGAUGUUACGUCUCAAUGCCGCCUUCAGCGACGAGAACUUGUCACUUCUCAAGCUUUCAGAACAUUGUUUGUUGGCUUUUGUUCUUGAAUCUACCCUGUACUUCAAGGCAUUGCUCAAUUAUCCGUACCAGGGAGUCAUUCACCUCUAUUUCGUAUAAGGUAAGGUACUCACCUAUUCGUCCUCACGGCACCUGGUUUUCGCGUGUCGCACUUUGUGUCACCACA